GUACGAUCGUACUUAUUAAAGAAAACUUGAAGCGGAGGGCAAAUGUUUCGUAUUUGUUAGUCAUUUUUAUAAUAUUUAUAUUAACCUUAAAGCGAAUGUCUGAAGGGAAUUGAUGUGUAAAUCUAUCUGCGAUUACAAACUACCAGCAUCAGUGUCCAGGAUAUUGAGGCAGAUAAAAAUGUUGCGGUCGGGAUCGCUAACGUUGUUGGAACCGUCAUGACUGUCGUAUCUACAAGCAUAGUUAACGGUUUACUAGGAGAUGCAAUUCCCAAAUACCAAAGACCAAAUUUACUGUCAGUUAUUCAUAAUCGGUUAAAGCCAGCAGCAAAUUCAACGCAUAUAAAUAAAGUUGCUGAAGAAACAGAAGUAGAGAAGGCAAUAAAUAACAAAAUAGAAGAGCUUAAAUCUUAUUUACAAGAUGAAGAUAUAGUAAAUGCAACGAAUGAAUUUUUUCAAGAUCAAACGAAUAUUGUAGAGUUAAUAAGUAAAGACAAACAUAAUUUGAGAGAUAAGAAAUAUCAAUCUAAACAUAACUCGAAAUACAUGAGACUGAGGAAGAAAAUAGACAGAGCACUAAAAAAAGAAUUGAUUUCUGAUAAAGCUCACGAUUUAGUAAUAAAAACAUUAGAUAAUCUAAUAGGUAAAUUAGUUGGAAGUCAGUGUAACUGGGAAAAUAAAGGCACCCAAAUUCAUACCCCAAACAUGUUGAAUGACCUAUGGAAUAAAGAAUGGAAACGUUUAAAAAAUAACUACCUACAAAAACUAAAAGUAAACGACGAGAAGCAGAUAGGAGAAUUAACUUCAUUUUUCGACGGAUUGUACACGUUUUUUUCCUUCAUCAUUAAAGAUAUGGGACUUCUAUCAAACAUGUAUAAAAUUAAAUGUAAAUAUAUGGAUAAACCUAUAUAUAGAAAGCUUGAAGAUUUUGAAUGCGACUCGGAUUCUGAUGUUCAUAAUAAUGACUGCAAACGAUUUGUGAUAUGUUCAAAGGAGCUUAAGAAUUUCAUGUUAGAUUUCUAUAACUUUAUUAAUGACACAACGGUGAGUGUUAUAAGAAAUUAUGCAGAAAUGUACGUCAGAGAUACGGAUAACUUCUCAGAAAAACCAACAAUUGUUUCAUCCAUUAACACUACAAGUAUUAAAAUGGAGAAAGCAGUAGUGGAUAUAUUUAUCAAAAACACUAAAGCGUUUAAAUUGGAUAGUAAACAAUCUAAGGAAGGUAAUAUUAAAUACCUAUCUAAUUAUGUACGAGCGACAAUUUCAGAGAUAAAAACUAUUGCAACCAGUUAUUUAAGAAAUGAAUUAAAAGACACUAAAUCCAAGUUAUCGACAGGAAUAAAAGAUGAUCUGAACAUAAGCUUAAAAGUAGAUUUAGAAAAUCUACAAAGAGAAGUACUUGGAAGAAUUUGUUUUGUAUUCAGAUUUUGCAACGGUAAAUAUACUGGCAGAAGAAAUGGUGACGUCGAUAAUAGCAACAUCAAUAUUGAAUCAAAAAUCAAUGAAUUAUUCAAUUUGACAAAUUUUAGAAGUCUAUUAGAUAUUAAAAGUGAUAAAAACAGUUUUAGAAGUAAAAAUUAUACCUAUGCUACUAUAAAUGUUACAAGGACUACACUAUUUAGAUUUCUGAUAUAUAAAUAAAAUUCAUAAUAGAUGAAAUCAC